AUCAACCACGAGCCAAAGUAGCUAAUUAGGGAAGUUAAUUAGGGAGGUUAAUUACCGAUCACCGAGUCGCUGUUUAUUUCUGAAUACGAAUAUCACAUCAUGUUGACAUGAAAGAAAUUACUUCGUUCAGAUGUGCCUUUGAUAUUUUUAUCAACUAAAGGAAGAUGAUAUAUUUAUAAGGAGCAUUCAUCUAUACAUCAACGUUUCUAUAUAAAUAUAAUCUAUGACAAACAACAGCAGAAUAUUUUUCUUGUCUGGAAUGUAGAGGUGGUGAUUGCUUUACAAGUUUGGAUAACUUUACAAACGAGUUGACAGUUUUCACCUGUUGAUUUAGGUAUUAAGUAAGAUCACAGAAGAAAGAAAGAUUAACAUUAAAUUAUUCUCUAAAAAAAGUAAUGCAAAUGAACACAAACAUAUUCAUAGAAAAGAAAAAAACAAUAUUAUUGUGAUAUAUAUGACAAAUUAUCCUGUCAUAAUGAAUAAUUUAACUGAACCUAAAAACCCUGAUACAAGAGAGAAACCAUAUUUCUGUGAUGUCUGUAGAAAAUCAUUCUCUCGAAGAAAUCACCUGACUAUUCACAAACGUCUUCAUACAGGAGAAAAGCCAUAUCAUUGUGGUAUCUGUGGUAAAACAUUCUCUCAAAGUUAUCACUUAACUAAACACCGGAGCGUUCACACAGGAGAGAAACCAUAUCAUUGUGAUAUCUGUGGUAAAUCAUUCUCUGAAAAUGGCACUUUAACUAAACACAAACGCAUUCAUACAGGAGAGAAGCCAUUUCAUUGUAAGAUCUGUGGUAAAUCAUUCUCUGAAAAUAGCAUUUUAACUCGACAUAAACGUAUUCAUACAGGAGAAAAGCCAUAUCAUUGUGAUAUCUGUGGUAAAACAUUCUCUCAAAGUUAUGACUUAACUAAACACCGGCGUAUUCAUACAGGAGAGAAGCCAUAUCAUUGUGAUAUCUGUGGUAAAUCAUUCUCUCGAAGAAAUCACUUGACUAUUCACAAGUGUAUUCAUACAGGAGAAAAGCCAUAUCAUUGUAAUAUCUGUGGUGAAUCAUUUUCUCUAAAUAGCACUUUAACUCGACAUAAUCGUGUUCAUACAGGAGAAAAGCCAUAUCAUUGUGAUAUCUGUGGUAAAACAUUCUCUCAAAGUUAUCACUUAACUAAUCACCGGCGCGUUCACACAGGAGAGAAACCAUAUCAUUGUGAUAUCUGUGGUGAAUCAUUUUCUCUAAAUAGCACUUUAACUCGACAUAGACGUAUUCAUACAGGAGAAAAGCCAUAUCAUUGUGAUAUCUGUGGUAAAACAUUCUCUCAAAGUAAUGGCUUAACUAAACACCGGCGCGUUCACACUGGAGAGAAACCAUAUCAUUGUGAUAUCUGUGGUAAAUCAUUCUCUCGUAGUGGCCACUUGUCUGAUCAUAAACGCAUUCAUACAGGGGAAAAACCAUAUCAUUGUCAUAUCUGUGGUAAAUUAUUCUCUUUCAGUAGUCAAUUGUGUAGACAUAAACGCGUUCAUAAUGGGGAAAAUACCAUAUCAUUGUGACAUCUGUGGUAAAUCAUUCUCUGAAAGUGGUGUCCUAACUAAACACCAGUGCAGGAUAGAAACCAUAUCAUUGUGAUAUCUGUGGUAAAUCAUUCUCUGAAAGUGGUGUCCUAA